UUCAAGGAUCUCUUGUAGCUUAACUCGAAGCAGGUUAAGCGUUAAGAUCCAGCGUUACGAUGUCGGGUGGCUACGACGUUUUGAGCCUCAAGGAGGAUGAUAUUACCAAGCUUAUAGCUGCUGGAGCUCAUCUUGGCAGUGAAAAUGUCAAUUACCAGAUGGAUCAGUACAUUUACAAGCGCCGUGUUGACAGGAUCUCCGUGAUCAACAUGCGUCGCACCUGGGAGAAGAUUUGCUUGGCCGCUCGGGCUAUUGUCGCAAUUGAACACCCAGCGGAGGUAUUCGUCAUCAGCUCUCGUUCUCAGGGUCAGCGUGCUGUAUUGAAAUUCGCAGCUCACACCGGAGCAACACCAAUUGCUGGACGUUUCACUCCUGGUGCCUUCACCAAUCAGAUCCAGGCUGCUUUCCGUGAGCCAAGAUUGUUGAUUGUUACUGACCCUCAAGCUGACCACCAACCAAUCACAGAAGCCAGCUAUGUCAACAUUCCUGUGAUUGCCUUCUGCAACACCGACUCACCUUUGAGAUUCGUUGAUAUUGCAAUCCCUUGCAACAACAAGGGACCCAACAGCAUUGGUCUGAUGUGGUGGUUGUUGGCUCGUGAAGUUCUUCGUCUUCGUGGAUCGAUUCCCCGUGAAACCAAGUGGGACGUCGUUGUUGAUCUGUUCUUCUUCAGAGAACCUGAAGAGGUUGAGAAGGAGGAACAAGCAGCGAAAGAAAUCGCUCCACCACCAGUGAAAGAGUUUGUACCGGCUGAGUCGACCACCGACCAAGGUUGGGGAAAUGAAGUUGAUUCAGUUGCUCCAACUACUGAAAACUGGGCUGACGAUGUCGCCGGAGUUCCCGCUUCCAGCCAAAUGGCAGCAGCGGCUCCAGCUUCUGGUUUUGCAUCAUCUGGAGAUUGGGCAACUCAGCCCUCAAACGAGUGGUCAGCUUCAGCACCUAUUACACAGCCUGAGACCUGGGGUGGCAGUGCUCCUGAGAAAUGGGCAUAAACAAAGCCUAUGUUGACAAAAAUAUUUAUAAAAAAACAAAACUUUGUAUUUUGUAUUGUACAAUAAAAUGUCCGAGUACAAUAUAUUCUAAAAAUGUCUUGAAAUUA